AUGGUGAACAACCUUGAGGAUCUAGACUUUGCUGACGACCUAGCAUUGCUACCCCACCGUAUAAAAGACAUGAGAGACAAAACCAAGAAACUAUAUGAAAAGGGGAUAAAGAUCGGAUUGAAAUUUAACAUCAAGAAGACCAAAAUAAUGAAAGUUAUGACCAGGAAAGGGGUAACAAUAUCAGUUGAAGGUGAAGACAUUGAGGAAGUAGACCAAUUUACAUACUUGGUAAGUAUUGUAAGCAAAACAGGUGGAACGGAAAAAGACAUUAAUUCUAGGAUAAGCAAAGGAAGACAGGCAUUUGCCAUGCUAAAGCCUGUAUGGAAAUCCAACGCGUUGGACUGGAAUCCACAGGGAUGCAGGAGACGAGGGAGACCAACACACAGCUGGAGAAGAACAAGGCUGAAAGAACUAGAUAACAUUGGAACCAUCUGGAGAGAAGCCAAACAAAUUGCUCAAAACAGAGUUAGAUGGAGGAUGACUGUUUCAGCCCUAUGUUCCGUAAGGGACGAAGAGGACUAA